CUUCCAAACCCUAAGAUGUUGCUUCAUUCGCCUCUGAGCCGUGAGUAAAAACACUCUGCAGCACCGAGCCAGAAAACAAGAGCUGACACGUGAGAGGAGAGCUGAUCUGUUUGUCCUCGGUGGGCUCAGGAGGAGAGAAGACACAUUUUGCUCAAAGGAACAGAGGACGAAACAACUGAAUUGAGAGCACCUGGACGGUUGGUGGAUGAAAUCAGGACAAUUAUUUGAGUGGCAGAAGGCUAUUGCAUCCUGUCACAUGUGCUGCCUCCAACUUCUUCACUCAGGAUAAACAGCAGCUGAGCUUUGUUGACAACAUCUCUGUUGCUGUUGCCUUCUGUUUCUGUUCAUAAACUCCUGAUUUGGCAAAAGCAUCUGUCGCUGAUCAGAGGACGUCUGCACUGUUCAGGAUGCGCCUCACCCACUUUUUCGUGUUCACCUCUUUAUUCUUCCUCCUGCUCCCAUCAAUCCAGAUGAAAAGGGCAGGAAAAGGCAAAGGUCUUAAAAGAGCGAGGCACAAGCUCACGCAAGACAGAGGCAGGGUUCGAGGUGCACGGCGCUACAGCAGAUCAGGGCUUUCUGGGCUCGUGUCACCCAGCUGUUCAGAACUGAAAGAAUCCGGAAUGAUUUUUAUGGAUUGUCAAGAACGACAACUCACUUUCAUCCCCCCUGCAAACUCCUGGUUCAGGAAGCCCAGGCAUCUCCUGUUAGCUCUGAAUCAGAUCAAAAUCCUCCAGGAUGGAGCUUUUCUUGGAUAUGACAGUUUAAUCAGUUUGGACCUACAGCAAAAUCAAAUCUUCCAAGUGGAGGAAGGGGCUUUUCAGGGUUUGACACGGCUUAAAACCCUUCUGUUGCAGCACAACCGUCUGACAACUCUCAGCGACGAGGCUUUAAUCUCCAUGCCCAAUCUUCGAGAUCUCCGUUUAAAUGGUAAUCCCUGGAAAUGUCUCUGUCCAUUGGAAAGUCUCAUCCGUACUCUUCAAGUCCCAAGUAACCGUAAUCUAGGAAACAAUGCCAGGUGUGCAGAACCCACCUGGCUAAAAAACAGAAAGCUGAAGACAGUCGAUCCUGAGCUGCUUUGCAAAGAUGUGGAGGCCAUCAGUCACCGAACCGGCAACAACACAAGUACUUUCGAACCCAUUCCUUUACGGGGCAAAGCGGACACUGCCUCAGUUUGCCACACUUACCUGUUCCCCCACAUGAGGAUGGACUGCAGCAAAAGAGGUCUGACUGAGGUGCCCUCAGGUAUUCCUGACGAUGUCGUACAGGUGGACUUAUCCCACAAUUCAAUCCGUCGACUCCGACUGAAAGACUUCCAGGGUGCAAGUGGCCUCAGAAUCCUGAACCUCAGCAGUAACAGCAUGGAGCACAUUGAUCCCGGUUCCUUGUUUGGGCUCUUGCACCUUCAAGAACUUGAUUUGUCAGACAACAAUUUGCAUUUCCUUCAGUACGGGGUCCUUGAAGACCUCUACUUCCUAUCACGGCUUAAACUGGGAGGAAACCCCUGGGUGUGCAACUACAGCAUCCAUUACAUGGUGUACUGGCUGCGUCUGCACCCUGCAGUGAAGCACUCGGGCCUGUGGUGUCACUCCCCUUCUGAGUUUGCUGGAGAAAGAGUGGAGGAAUAUGUGCAUUCCUACAACAGAGAGUGCCCGAAGGACAGGCAGCCCAGCAGAACUGACCCGGACAUGCUGGACUCUGUGAACUGGGGCACACCAAUGGAGCUGCAGGGAGAGGUGGAGGAGGAGGAGCUGGAGCCCAGCAACUUGAGAGCGCCACAGAAAUACGAAGUUUUCAGACUGAGAUGAUUCAACACACCCAAAUGUACAGACCUAAUAACUGUUUACCAAAAAAAAACAGCUGAUAAAUUUCAUGAUUGAUGGUUUUAAGCAUUCUGCUGUAGUGCACAGUGAAUGAGAUUGCAAUUUUUUCAUAAUUACCGCAACCACACAGUUUCAUCAGCUACGUCGCUUUUCUUUGCAGAGAUCUGAUCUAAAAGUUAUGAACUUUGCAGUGUUGUGUGCAACAGUCUGAAAAACACACAUUUACCCACAAACAACAAAAGUUUCCAGAAACAGGCUGCUCCAUGGUCACCUCUGCUCACCUUUGAAACGUCUCAAGGAGGGUUGAUGUGAACAAGGCUAAACAGUCAUGCUGUGGCGUCGAGAUAGUAGGGAUGGUUUGCAGAGACAGCAUGAGAGACAAAAACAUCUGUCUGUGAUAUUUAGAUGUUGAUGACAUCUUUAAAUGACUCCCUACAUUUACAGUUUCCACUUGUGGUCUUAUAAUAGAGCAACAAGGUCAACACUAACUUUUUGGAGCUUUGAUGCAGUUUUAAAAACCAUGAACCUAGCCACAUUACUGUAAACCAAGCAGGUUUGGCAGUAUGGAAAAACUGAAACAUAACACAUGAUUGCUGCAGAAGAGCAAUCUGUGAGGCAGCACUGAGAGUUCCUGUUUGAAAACAUGAACAAUCAGUGUCAGAUUCAGUUAAGCAAUAGACGAAAAAUGAAAAGCACUUGUUGCAUGCUCCCAUAAGACGUUUUGUACUCUUUUUUUUUUAAACGCCUUACAUCUAUAAUGUGCAUUUUGCGGUCAUUGUUUGUUAAUAUCUGGUUAAAGAUAAUUAAAUAAACUACCAGGAAAAAUGAAUAUAUCUUGCCAGCCUGCAGUCACAUUUGUUUUAUCCAGAACAAAGAUUAAAUGAGUUUGAGCUGCUUUCAAUAUUAUUUCAGUUCCUAUAAGUUUGGAUUGAAGGGAAAUUUAGAGACGUCGAACAGGGACAAAAUGAAUCACAGACUGUCAAGAAAGUACGGUAUUUGAUUUAAAACCCAAUAUUAGUCACAACAAGCAAGUCUUCGAAAAUCUAUUCAAUGUCUUUGUUCCUUCUGGUCCAUAUCUGUCUAACACGUGAAUAAAAAUGACUUAUUAUGCUCUAUAAUCUGCUUUUUGUAACUAUUAAAGAUGGGUUGUGUCAUUCUUUUGUGGCAUAUCCAGUCUCCACAU